AUAGAUCGCGAUCCGCGAGGCAAGGUCGCAAGUCGUGGAGACAAUUUUUGAAAAAGAUAUUAAAACGCGACGAUGAUGACGACAUUCCCUACUACAGAACACGAAUCUAUAGGUAUAUCAAGAGAAACAAUUGGACGUAUUAUAAUUAUAAUCUUUUUCUGCUUAAUCUCUAUUAUUUCAAUAGAAAUCAUAAUAAAUGAGGUGUACAAGAUAAAAAUAGUUUUCUAGUAGCAUGACUUGGAACGUUAUCAGAGAACUAUAUUAUACUUAUUGUUACUUAUCUUUUGCUAUUUUGUAUUUUUCAAAUUCAUAUCUGUAUUGUUUGUAAUGAGAAAAUUGAACCUGAACUGGAAAAAUUACGGUGAAAGUUGAGAGUGAAUUUAUACUGCCGUAAAGACCACAAAUUGGUUGGAAAGGAAUUUAUUGAAAGACAGCUCAUGGAACGAAAAAUAAUAAUGGUAUAACCGCACAUCCUCGAUGUAAUAUACUUAGACUGAUAAAUCAUAAAAUUACUUGGCUUUGAGUCAUCGUCCUGCUCUUGAAUAAUCAGCAGACGCGUGUUCUUUGUUUCGGUAUAUAAGGUAGAAGAGAGGUUUUCGACUUUAUGCCAUUGGAAAGAUUUUUCAAAGCAUUAUGCCUCUAUACACGUAUAUAUGAUAUAUUUCUAAACGAUUCGGCGAUGAGAGUACUUAUAUUAUGUUACAUUAUUUACCUAAGAGACAGGAAUUUUUAUUGUCUUUAUUCUCGGAAUACUUAUCAAUGCAUUUUAGACUCUGACGAAGUAUUAUUGUAAUAUACCUGGCUAUGGAACGGCGAAUGGAGAAUGUGAUUUUUUAAUUGUAAUAUUGACUGCGAAACGACGCCAUGUAUUUGAAUUCCCCCAAGUAAAUAGUUAUGCACGUACUCUGAAUGUACUGCAGUAUAUACUUUCACGAAUGCUGCAGCAAUUGCUGUUGCAAUGUUUUCCAUGAGCCAACUUACUACGGGUGGGCGAUAAAAGGCGUGUUAUUCUCAUCUACAGGUAUUAGAAUUAUUUUAUAUACGUCAGCCUCAGGACUUCCUGGAUUUCUGGAUGGAUGAAAUAUUAUUAUAUCUUACGAAUCAACUUCCGCCACAAAUAAAUUGUUGUGAGUGGGUACGAACUGCGGUUGGAUCGUAUAAUAAGAUAAGAGAUAACACGAAUACGUGAACGUAUUUUACCAACUAAUCAAUCGGUCAUCGAUAUCGGAAGAAUACUCCAUAAUAUACUUAUACUUAUUCAUCGUUAUGAUUAAAAAAUUUAAUCGUUUCAUAUUGUUUUAAAUUAAACGCUAUUCUCUUCCCCAACGUAGAGAGGCCACCGCCCUCGUGAUGGACGAGCUCUUGAUGUGAGUCAUGACAAAAUUGUUCGUUUAUGUUGGAAUAUAAGUUAAACGUUAUAAUUAACUGCUCGUCAUGGAUUAAUUGACGUGUUAUUCCAAUACAAGUAAAUUUUCACUCAUAUACAUUAUGCAUGGGUACAAUAUAGGCCUAUACAUUUGGAGACUAGCGAAACGUUCGGAAAUUCAAUGAAUUCAAGAUAUGAGUGAUAAUUAUUAAGUCAAAUGUUGAGAGGUGACAAUUAUUACGAUGGACAUUUUUGCGACAGCCUCUGAAAAAUGAUUUAAAUGAUAUUUAAAAAACCCAUCAUUGCUGCAGAGGAAUCUCAGAAUUUAAACUUAAUUCGCUCGUCUUCCACCUUACGUAGUGGUGGCGCUGCAGUGACGUUCUAGAAAGCCAGCUGUUAAAUUUACAAGUUUUUUAAUCCUACACGAUACGAAACAGCUGAUCGACCUAACCUAUCCAGUAGAUGACACGGAAGCUGGUUUCGUUACGAUGGAUUUAUUAAAAAAUCACACAGCAUAGUCUAAGCUAACCAAAAUAAAUACUACAGUCGAUACACGAUUCAAAAAAUCUAUUAAAACAUGGGUAAUCAACUGGUAGGGAUUGCUCCCAGUCAAAUAUUCCCUGUUGAACAUUAUUUGACAGAUCACAAUGAUCUACAGUUUGACGUUAACCUGGGCAGCACCAGAUUUUUUAAAGUUGCUCGAGCUAAAAGUCAAGAAGGCCUGAUUGUUGUUAAAGUCUUUGCUAUUCAUGAUCCUACUUUACCGUUAACUAUGUAUAAAGACAAACUUGAGGACAAUAGGACCAAACUUGCCUCUGCAGUUAACUGUUUACCCUUUCAACGAACUAUUCUAACUGAAAAAGCUGGAUUUAUAAUGAGAGAAUACGUUAAAUAUUCUCUAUAUGAUAGAAUUAGUACAAGGCCAUUUUUAUCCAGUAUAGAAAAGAAAUGGAUCACUUUCCAAGUACUUUAUGCUUUGCAUCAAGCUCACAAGUUUGGCGUAUGCCAUGGUGAUAUCAAACUUGAAAAUAUAAUGAUAACGAGCUGGAACUGGGUGUUAUUGACUGAUUUUGCGAGCUUUAAACCUACAUACCUACCAGAGGACAACCCAGCAGACUUUUCAUAUUUCUUCGAUACUUCCAGACGAAGAACAUGUUACAUAGCACCAGAAAGAUUUGUUAAGACCUUAUCGUCAGAAUUAAGCAACACGAUGUUGCUGCCAGAACAAGAAGUUAAAACAGGUGACUUACACCCAAUGAUGGAUAUAUUUUCCGCAGGAUGUGCAUUAACAGAGUUGUUCAAUGAAGGCCAUCCACCCUUUGAUUUUUCUCAACUUUUAGCAUAUAGAAAUGGAGAAUAUUCUGCAAACAAACAUCUAGACAAAAUUGAGGAUAGUAGAAUAAGAGCACUGUUAGCUUCGAUGCUGGAAAGAAAUCCUAUGGACAGAACGAGUGCUGAAAUAUAUUUAGCCCAAGAACGUGGGAAGAUUUUUCCAGAGUAUUUUUAUUCAUUCCUUCAAUCUUAUAUGCUCAUAUUCUCCACUGCUCCAAUAUUGUCACCUGAUGAGAAGAUAAACAGACUGAAAAAAGAUAUUGGGAAUAUCAUUAAAAUUUUGAAGUCUGAACAUAAGGAAAAAACAAAUUCAUCGAGCGAUUCAUCUAGCUCGAGUAUUUUUAAGUCACGUGAUAAUAAUACAGAAUUAUCAAAUGACUCGGAUGAAAAAGAAAAUAAUGAGCAAUUCCAUGCUUCCGGUGAGGAUAAAAAAAAAGAAGAUUCAGAAGCAGCUACAAAGGUGGGCAAAUCUAGCGAGACUUUGGAAGGGCUGAUUAUAAUAACUCAACUAGUCACCUCGUGCAUCCGAGGCUUACACCAUUCCCAAUCCAAGCUGCAAAGUUUAGACAUUUUAUUGGAACUUGCAGCACACACUUCCGAUGAAACGAUCUUGGAUAGAAUUCUACCUUACAUUUUUCAUCUAGUUCACGAUCCCGCGCCCCGCGUACGAGUCUCAGCCAUUCAUACAUUGACGAAAUGUUUAUAUCUUGUCAAAUCCAUACCGCCAACGGAUGUAAACAUUUUUCCCGAAUAUAUACUGCCAGGAUUAUCUCACAUUACUCAAGACGAAGCUGUGAUCGUUAGGGCAGCGUAUGCCGAAAAUAUCGCGCAUUUAUCUCACAUCGCUCUACGAUACUUGGAAAAUUCUCAUUUAACAAAUCCAAAUAACAAAGAAGGGCCAAGGCCCAGUUAUGACAGUGAACUUCAAACUCUUCAUGAAAUGGUUCAACAAUCGGUGGCAAUGCUACUCACAGAUCCUCAGAAUUUGGUGAAACAAACGUUAAUGGAGAACAGCAUAACAAAACUCUGUGUAUUUUUUGGAAAACAGAAAGCGAAUGACGUCAUACUGAGUCACAUAAUAACAUUUUUGAAUGACAAGGAUGACAAGCAACUUCGAGGAUCAUUUUUUGAUUGUAUCGUCGGAGUCGCAGCAUACGUGGGUUGGCACAGUAGUCCCAUUCUGAUGCCACUUCUGCAGCAAGGUCUCACCGAUCCCGAAGAAUUUGUGACCACUAAAGCUAUCAAUGCUAUGGCUACCCUUACCGAACUUGGUCUGUUACACAAGUCAGCAUUGUACCAACUACUUUCUGAAAGUGUAGUUUUUCUGGUUCAUCCCAACUUGUGGAUUCGUCACGCUAUAGUUGGAUUUAUUUCGGCUGCGGCAAGAACUCUGAAUUUAGUUGAUGUUCAGUGCAAAGUGCAAACAAUUAUUCAACCCUACCUUAGGCACCCUUUGAUACAAAUUGAAAAGGAAGUGCUGCUCCUGGAGGCUCUUGUCGCUCCGAUUCCCCGAGUUGUUUAUGAUUCCGUGAUAAAAUAUAAUGACAUAGAUGAAUUAUUCAGAGUAUUUGAACAGAGGCAAAUGGCUCGGGUGAAGGCGAUCUCUGGCAUUGUACCGCAAUACAACGAAAUGAGUACUACAUUGAAGAACCUGUUUCGGAGAUUAAGUUCUGAGGCAAUGACGGAAAUGGAGGAGGAUCAGUUGCUGAUGAUGAAACCACAUUUGUUAAAAAUUAAUAAACACAGACUGAGCAUAGAAGCAAAACUAAGUAUGAAUAAAUCAGUGGACGGUAAACUGGAGUUAAAUUUGAUGAAGGACAAAGUACGUCAUCAUAUGGUCGUUUUAUAUCCCGACACAAAAAGCGACCUUAGCAUUACUGCUUUCAAAAAACUGGAUCGUAGAACUCCUGAUAGCAUGAUUGCGUACGCUGCGAUGAACCAGGAAUGGCGGACGAUGUUUGCUGCACAAGAUAGCGUACAACACACAAUCAUUAAGAUGUCCGAUAUGACUGGCAGUGGUGGUAGUCCCAGUCAGAGUAUCCAUGGUGGUGAUAUUCAUUUAUCCCCACAGCAUAGCUUGACGGAUGUUAACAGUAUGAACGAUCACUCGUUACAUGAAAGGUCUUACAUUCAAUACCGAUGUGCCCCCUGCAGACUUGAGUUACGACAGCUGACUUACAGAAAACAGGAACAACAUUCGGCUGCAUUAAGAGCGCAGCAUUGGGCUGAUAACAUUGCGUGGCAAACUGGUUCUCGACUGCUUCCAAGUGGCUGGCGUCCACGUGGAAUUCCUGUUGCUCAUUUGCAUGAACAUAGGGCAGCUGUAAAUCGGCUUGUUUCUAUUCCUGAUACAAGUUUAUUUGCAAGUACUGCGGCUGAUGGAUGUGUCAGGGUUUGGGAUGUUAGCAAAAUGGAAGGAAGAAAUAUCGCAAAUCGAUCAAGACAAGUGUACACGCAUAGAGGAGGCCCCCUGGUAGGACUUGCAGUUUGUGAUCAGGGACAGUCGCUAGCAAGUUCGGCGAGCCAAUCCGGAACUGUAUUUGUUUUGAGAGUUGAGCAAUCUUCGAAUAAAAUGAAUGUUCUCUAUACUCGGCAGCUAGAUCUACAGGAAGAGGGUUGUGCCGUCGAUGUACAAUAUUUAGAUUCUGGUUCUCAAUCAGUGCUUGUAUACGCCACACUUUACGGAUCUCUGAUCGGAUGGGAUUUGAGAUGUCCUGGUACGGCGUGGCGUUUAGAAAACGAUCUCAAACAUGGAGUUAUCACGUCUUUCUGUGUCAACAAUUAUCAACAGUGGUUAACGCUGGGGACUAGUUCCGGGGUUCACAUAUGCUGGGACUUGAGAUUUCAAUUGCCUAUCAGUAGCAUUAAACAUCCGACAGGUGCGCGAGUAAGAAAAGUGAUCACUCAUCCCACUGAACAUUCUUGGAUCCUCUCAGCUGUGCAAGGAAACAAUGAAAUAUCAAUGUGGAAUGUAGAAACAGGGUUCCGUCAAACAGUUUUAUGGGCAUCAAGCGCACCCCCGCUGAGUCACACCCAAGCUGGGCACAGUGUCUGCGCUAUGCAUUCAGGUGCUAUUGAUCGUUCUGGAUUCUUACUUGCUGGGGGAACAGAUAUGAGACUUAGAUUUUGGGAUUUACAAAAUCCUAACGAAUCAUACGUAGCUUUACCUGCUGCCAAUGACACCGUACCUCCAAAUUCGCUGGCGUACGAACAACGAUUGAUCGAUGGAACGAAUGUAGUACAGGAAGUAUUGGUUGGUGGAGUUGCACCAGGAGGGGUGACUGGAAGUACCGUACGCAGCAGAGGUCACGAAGAAGGUGGUCAAGGUCAGGGUCCAGAUUCACCACCAGCAGGUCAUCAUGACACUAUAUCUGCUGUGGCUAUGUCGAACACAUGUAUAUUAACAGGUAGUACAGAUGGAUUGAUACAAGUAUGGAAGUAAUUAGUGAUGUGAAAUCAAAGCUAGGAGAUAUUUUCCGUUUAUCGAAUACUUAUCUAUGUGAUGACGCGGUACGACGAAUUAUGAUAAUCCUUUUGAUUCCGUCGAGGUUGAUCGGCUGUCCCUAAAAUGUGAUCAAAAUCCUGUAAAUACUAUCGAUUCAGUGUUGAUGUAAAAAUUAGGUAUCAACGUUAAACUCGUAAGUAUAAUACACCUAUAUAUAUAUAUAUAUAUAUUUUUUUAUAAAUUCACAUGUAGAGUCAAUAAUUUUCGUAUCCCAGCUGAAUAAUCGUAACUUUGUUCUGAAAUUUAUACACCCUAACUUUAGCUAAAUUUAUUCAGUAUUUUUAAAGACCAAAUUAGUCAUUUAUAUGUAAACAUAUUUAUUCUCGACCCAAGGCUGCCGCAUGAGCUUUUCCUUUUAUUUUUUUCAAUGAUAUAAAAUUGAGAAAGUAUAUAAUAAGGUUACUGAUUUUUUUAUUGUUAGUUCAGCGUCGAUAUCCGGUAGAUUUAAAAAUUCAUUACACAGUAGAAUAAAUACUUAUUUAUGGCAUUUUUUUUUCAUUUUUUUUUAAAUAUACACAUGGUACGGUACAGAUUAGAGAUAACUGUACAUAAAUUCAUGUAUUUAUAACUAAUGUACACAGCUUUACAAGAAACAUACUCAAUAACAUAUUCCUAUAUUCAUUAUAAUUAUAUGAAAUUGUUAUAAUAAAAUGAGAAAUUUUUUCACCUAA